AUGUCUUCGGAGCCAGUGUCGGAUACUGACGCCAGCAGGAAAGGCUUCAAGAAGCCGUAUUCAUUCAGCAUCGAGGACAUCCUCUCCAGCCCAGCAGAGAAGAGGCCCCAGGUCCUGGUCCCGCUGUGCCUCCGGAGCAUCUUGGACUGCGCACCCAAGGGGCUGUACACCCGCUUCCCCUGGCACAUGCAGCUCCUCCACUCGGCAGUCAGGGUCUGUAACAGUCCCCAGGGGAAUCCAAGUGAGCUACAGACUUUCCACCAGAUUCAGCGCCGGACACGCCGGCAUCGCACCAUUUUCACUGAGGACCAGCUGCAGGCCUUGGAGACGCUUUUCCAUCAGAAUCAGUACCCAGACGUCAUCACCCGUGAGCACCUGGCAAACCGCAUUCACUUGAAGGAGGAGAGGGUAGAGGUUUGGUUUAAAAAUCGGCGGGCCAAGUGGCGGCAUCAGAAGAGGGCAUCUGCUUCAGCACUGAUACUUCAAGGCACCAAGAAGCCCUCCGAGGAGAGCUGUUAG